CAACAGACAGCAGGAAAUGACUAUAGGCAGCACAGACAGUUGUCUUUUGUUGUUGUUGGUAAUUUUUUGUAGCGUGUCCUCCCUGACAACAUGGAUAACUUCAAUGCUGUCCUGCGGUUUUUCUUGGACCAGAAAGCCACAAUUGGCUAUAGUUUCAUGGCUCUCCUGACUUUGGGCGGGGAGCGAAUCUUCUCCAUGGUUGCCUUUCAGUGUCCUUGCAACCACGACCAGAACUUUGUCUAUGGGCUGAUUUUCCUGCUGGGCCCUGCUGCCGUGCUGUUGGUCUUUGGUCUGUUCUUCAGCACCAAGUUGUGGAGGGUUUACACUGGCUGCUGCCUCAAUCCCAUGAAGCUUUGCCCCCGUGGGAACUGCUUCGGCUGCCUAAGGGCUUUCACAAGCAUCUUCACUGGGGCUUGUGUGGCUCCUAUAAUGUGGCUCUCUGUGGCCCUUCUCAAUGGAACAUUUUAUGAAUGUGCUGUCAGCGGUCUUGAUGAUAACCUGGUGGUGGAUUUGUUCUGUAAAAACAAAACGUUGAAGUGUCGGGAGGAGCUGGCUCGAGUGCCCUGUGAUCGCUCCAAACUGUCCAGGGAUGAUCGCAUGGAGUUGCUGCUGAUGCUCAGGGCCCAGUCACAGAUCCUGGGCUGGUGUAUCAUCAUUAUCUCUGUCUUCAUGGGCCUCCUGGGUACCUGCUGUAAAAACUGUCGCUCCAAAGUCAGCUACCUGCAGCUCACAUUCUGGAAACGCUAUUCGGAAAAAGAGAAGGAUCUCUUCGACACCUUUGCUUUGGACUAUGCCACCAAGCUGGCUGAGAGAAACCUGCAGAGCUUCUUUGAGAACAAGAACCCGGCUCCAUUUCCUUUCCCCAACCACAAGGCUUGGGAGGAGGUCUCUGCAUAUUAUAGUUUUUCCAGGAGUGAGCAGUAUUACAGCACUCUGCAGCGGUAUGUGGAGAGGGCAGACAGGGACUUUGCACCAGAGAAAAGACCUGUCAUAGACUUUGAGCAUGGAAUAGAGAUGAGCUAAAGGAAGAGAUUGUUUAUAUGUUUGAUUCUCCAUUAGCCGUGCCCUGCAUCCACGUUUAUGAGCAUGAUGUGAUCUGCUUAACAUUUCAGAAAAGGUAAAAAUUGAAGGAACAGACAAACAGUGGUGAGACUAGUUACACUUUACUGUAAGAAUGGACCCUGAAGGUUUGACUGAGGAGGAGCUGUCUACUGUAUGUUAAUCUUUAAUGGUGCAAUGGUGCAUAACCACUACUUCUCCCUACCUCUGUAAUCCUGUAUGCAUUUACAGCCUUUACUAACAUGGUGCUUGAAAGUUUGUCUUACUUUGGAUUGGCAAUGUAACGCAUUGAUAAAGUUACAGUCAAGGCCGAGCCAUGACCGGGAAGACUGAGGUCACGUCAUUGUAAUUAUCUCCAAGACUUGGGGGCUUAUAACAAGCUUUGAACUUCAGGGGCCAGUAGAUUCUCUCAUUGUGACUUUGUUAUUUUUGCCUAAAGCCACUGGGACCAGUCUGGGGCCAGCUGUUGUAUUAUGGGGGGCCAGUUUAUCAAUUCAAACAAAUUUAGAUUUUAACCAUAUUGCAGUUCAGAUGCCAAGUCAGACAAGUCACGACAACAUGACAAAUUAACAAUAGCAAAUCUAAUGACCUUGACAACUAAAAUAGUUCACUGUACCACUGUAUUUCUGGAGGAGUCUCAAAGGGGUUCCACAGUUUUAGGAGCAUCCGCUCCACAAUUAUUAAAUUAAAUUAUAUAUUCUGUGUAUCCCAUCCUGGGCAGCAUAACGGUGUUUGUGCUUUCAAACGCUCAUGUUGGGAGAAAAACAGAGAUUAAAAGUGAAAAAUCUUAAUUGCUUUGGUACUUUGUGUGAAUUUUGUCUUAGUAUUCUUUAAAACCUGGCUACACCCCCGAUUAAUAAAAUGCUGAAAAGUGUAUGAAAUGUUAACACCUAACACUGCAUCAAGUGUUUUAUUUUGUAAAAUGUAAGAAUUAAGGCUGUGUCUUAGUUAAAGCCAACUACUUUAAACAUGCCGGCAUAUGACAUGCUAAAGGUUGUAUGCUGUUUCUCCUUCUGUUGACAUUAUGACAUCCAUGUCCAUGUAAUUACCUUCGCACGGAUAAGCAGUCUUUCAGCAUUCCAUCCUUUCAUAAUCUACAGGCAGACAUGUGCAAAUGAUGCCCUGACUUGCGACUGCAGACAUGUACAAGUGUGUUGUUUCAUCAGCAGAAGAAGGACUGUACUUAAGUAACUACUUGAGUAAUAUACCAGAGUAAUAUAACUGAGUAAUAUCUCCUUAUGCUACUUUAUACCUCUGCUCUGUGUUAAUAACAACCCUAUCAACAGUA